UCACUGUACUUUGGUGAGCCUGAGUAUAUCGUGGAUGAGAGCUCAGGCUAUGUCGAGGUAAAGGUUUGGAGGACAGGCACUGACUUGUCCAAAACCGCUACCGUCACCAUCCGCUCCAGGAAAAGCGACCCCGUUUCUGCUGAAGCUGGACAGGACUACGUUGGCAUUAGCCGCAACCUGGACUUUGCUCCAGGGGUGACAAUGCAGACUUUUAGAGUAACCAUCCUGGAUGACUUGGGCCAGCCGGAACUAGAGGGACCCGAGACCUUUGACCUUGUGUUGCGGAUGCCCAUGAAUGCGGUGCUAGGAGAACCAAGCAAGACGACCAUCACCAUCAAUGAUACUGUCACUGACUUGCCUAAGGUUCAGUUUAAGGAAGGAAGCUACAAGUUGGAUGAGUCUGAUGGGGAGGUAACAGCCACAGUGUACCGCAGUGGAGACAUCAGCCUCAGAUCCACUGCACGCUGUUACACUCGCCAAGGCUCUGCUCAGGUCAUGAUGGACUAUAACGAAAGGCCCAAUACUGAUGCAUCAGUCAUCACCUUUCUGCCAGGUGAGAGUGAAAAGCCGUGUGUGGUUACCCUGGUAGACGACUCCAUCCAUGAGGAGGAUGAGGAAUUCCGCUUGGUGCUGGGAACUCCUAAGAGCAAGUCUCCUUACGGAGCCUCUAUCGGGGAGCAGAAGGAAGCACUGGUCACUAUCACAGAUGAGAAAGACAAGCCAAUCAUCCGUUUCUCUGAGAUCAAGUAUAGUGUGCGUGAACCCCAGGUGAAAGGCGAAGUGGCCACAGUGAAGAUUCCUAUUCUUCGUUUUGGUGACACUUCAAAGGUUUCAGUAGUGAGGGUGCACACAAAGGAUGGGUCUGCAACCUCUGGAGAAGAUUAUAACCCGAUGUCAGAGGAUGUGGAGUUCAAGGAGGGCGAGAAGGAACACUUUGUGGAGAUUGAGGUCCUGUAUGACGGUCAGAGAGAGAUGAGAGAGGCCUUCACUGUGCACAUGAAGCCUGAUGACAAUAUGGUGGCUGAAAUACAGGUGAGACAACGGCCAC